AUGGCGACCUACAUCACCGCAGAGCCAGACAUUGGUGAGCUCCGCUGGAUCUCGCGUCUGAACAAGGACACCCUCCCCAGCGAAUACCCCUUCGGUGUUGUUUCCACCACCGCCGGCUCCAGCUCCACCGUCGAGGGCUCCGAUGUCUUCGUCGUCAGCGGCCAGACCCGAUCCAAGUUCUACUCCAGCGAGCGCUUCAUCGAUGACAAGGUCCGCUGUGUCUACGGCACCAGCCCCGAGGAGAUUCAUGUCUGCGUCUCCGUCGAGCCCAAGACUGGUUUUGAACUCUCCUCCGGCGGCCCCUUCUUCCGUGACAUCAACACCAACAACGCUGGUGACUCUACCAACCUGUACAACUACAUGAACAGCAACCACGCCCAGACCGAGGCCUACCGUAUGGGUCUGCACGGCCCUUACGUCCAGUCCUUCUCCCGCUCCGGCAUCCCCAAGAACACUGACUUCAACUACGACUUCUUCAGCGAGCUCAGCCUCAAGGGUUACGUUGCUGCCUCCGGCCGUGGUACCGUCUCCGGCACCGCUUCCGGCAUCUCCGGCAGCUUCCAGCGUGUUGUUCACUGGUACAACGCUAACGCCCAGUACUGGACCUACGCCUCGUCCACCGGCGCCUUCACCUCCCCCUUGAUGAAGCCCGGCACGUACACCAUGGUCCUCUACCAGACCGAGUUCAAGGUUGCCACCAGCUCCGUCACCGUCUCCGCCGGAAAGACUACCACUGCCAACAUCGCCAGCACCCUCGCUGCCCGUACUACCCUCUGGAAGAUUGGCGAGUACGACGGCCAGCCUACUGGCUUCCGCAACGCCGACAAGCAGCUGCGCAUGCACCCCUCUGACAGCCGCAUGAGCAGCUGGGGUCCUCUCACCUACACCGUCGGCACAUCUGCCGUUGGUGACUUCCCCAUGGCCAUCUUCACCGCCGUCAACAACCCCGUCACCAUCAAGUUCAACCUCGCUUCCGCCCCUGGCGCUGCCACCCUCCGCAUCGCCACCACCCUUGCCUUUGCCAGUGGCCGCCCUCAGGCCAAGGUGAACAGCUGGACCGGCCCGGCCCCUGCUGCGCCCACCAAGAUCGACUCUCGUGGCGUGACUCGUGGUGCUUACCGCGGCCUCGGCGAAGUCUACGACGUUAGCAUCCCUGCCGGCACCCUCGUUUCAGGAGCCAACACCAUCACCAUCAAUGUCAUCUCCGGCAGCAGUGGUGACACUUAUCUGAGCCCCAGCGUCAUCUUCGACACCGUCGAGCUCUUCCAGUAA